ACGUGCAAAUCUGAAGGACUGACAGGGAACUACAACCACGGCUUGUUUUUCGGUUUUGUGCCACAGAAGACUUCAGAAGGUUUUUAUUCACUUCGUAUGACAUUGCUAUUGAGCUCGACAAUCUCUGGACUUAGGUGAGGAAAUUACAGAGAGAACGGGAUGUCCACAACCGGUGACGCCAAGCUGGACGAGGCUGUCAGGCAAUGGCUUCAGUAUGACAAGAACCCCAAGACUAUGUCUAUGGUGCAAGACUUGAUGAAGAAGGGAGCAGUUGAGGAACUGAAAAAAUGUUUCUCCUCUAGAAUGGAGUUUGGUACAGCAGGACUGAGGGCUGCCAUGGGCCCUGGCAUAUCCUGUAUGAAUGACCUCACUAUCAUCCAGACCACACAGGGUUUCUGUCAGUAUCUGGAGAAGAGUUUUGGGAACCUUAAGGAGCGAGGGGUUGUCAUUGGCUAUGAUGCCCGUGCCCACCCUCCCAGCGGUGGCAGCAGCAAGCGCUUCGCCAGCUUAGCUUCAGCUGUAUUUGUCAGCCGAGGGGUGCCUGUCCAUCUCUUCUCUGACAUCACACCCACACCAUUUGUGCCUUUCACUGUUUCCCAUUUAGGUCUGUGUGCUGGUAUAAUGGUUACUGCUUCUCAUAACCCAAAGCAGGACAAUGGAUAUAAGGUGUACUGGGAGAAUGGUGCCCAGAUUGUGUCUCCUCAUGACAAAGGUAUCUCCAAGGCCAUAGAAGAGAACCUGGAGCCUUGGCCUGAGUCUUGGAACACAGAAGAGGCCCUGAAGAGCUCCUUGCUUAAAGAUCCCUACCAGGAUAUCAACACACAGUACUUCAAAGCUAUCCAGAAGCAUUGUCAUCACAGAGAGAUUAACAAGAGUUCAGAGGUGAAAAUUGUCCAUACGUCUGUGCACGGUGUUGGCCAUGCAUUUGUUCAGUCAGCUUUUAAAGCCUUUGACCUUCACCCUCCAUAUGCAGUAGAGGAACAAAAAGACCCAGAUCCAGAAUUUCCCACUGUCAAAUAUCCCAACCCCGAGGAGGGAGAGGGAGUCCUGACGCUGUCAUUUGCCUUGGCAGAAAAGGAGGGGGCGACUGUGGUGUUGGCAAAUGACCCUGAUGCUGAUCGACUGGCUAUGGCUGAAAAGCAGGAGAGUGGACAGUGGCGUGUAUUCACUGGUAAUGAGUUAGGAGCGCUGCUUGGCUGGUGGGUGUUCCAUUGCUGGAAACAGCAAAACUCUGAUGCUGGUGCUGUCAAAAACCUGUACAUGCUGUCAAGUACUGUCUCAUCCAAGAUACUGCGGGCCAUCGCUCUCAAGGAGGGCUUCCAUUUUGAGGAAACACUGACAGGCUUCAAAUGGAUGGGGAACAGAGCCAGAGACCUUUUGGACCAGGGCAAGACUGUUCUGUUUGCCUUUGAGGAGGCCAUAGGUUAUAUGUGUAGUCCCUCUGUAUUAGACAAAGAUGGAGUGAGUGCAGCAGCCAUAGCAGGAGAGAUGAUUUCUUAUCUUGCCACCACAAACACAAGCCUUUCUCAGAAGCUUGCAGGCAUCUUUGAAGAGUAUGGCUACCACAUCAGUAAGAACUCCUACUUUAUCUGCCACGAUCAGGAUGUGAUUCGCAGUCUGUUUGAGCGCUUACGCAACUACAGUGGCAAGAAGGACUCAUAUCCUGUCGAAUGUGGUCGCUUUUCUAUCUCUGCUGUGCGAGACCUUACAACUGGCUAUGACAGCAACCAACCUGACAACAAGGCUAUUCUGCCCACAUCUAGUUCCAGUCAGAUGAUCACCUUCACCUUUUCUAACGGGGGAGUUGCCACCAUGAGAACCAGUGGAACUGAGCCUAAAAUUAAAUAUUACACUGAACUCUGCACUGCUCCUGGGAAUAGUGAUGUGACAAGUCUGAAGAAGGAACUGGACGAAUUGGUUGAUGCAAUUGUUGAAAACUUCUUCGAGCCACAGAAGAAUAAACUGCAGCCGAAGCCGGAAUAGCACCAAACACUUGAAGUUGACCUAACUGUGACUAUAUGAGUAGCAUUUCACAUAAUGUCUUAAUUUCAGCAGAAGGGAUUUUCAAUUUAGCAUAGGCUUCUUUUUCUUUUACAGCUGUUUUAAUCAUCACCACAUGUGUGCUUUUGGUAGUUCAUGGAUACUCUGCUGUACUUGCAGAAGAAAACUGCCUUUAUUUGAAUAGUCUGCAGGGUUUAUGACAGUUACAGAUCUGUUAAGCCAUUCGAUGUGAAUUUGGGUUGUAAUAGUAGCUUUACCAAAACUAAUUACAUCGCACCACAUUGUGACGACAUCUUUUGAUAUUCCCUUAAAACUUUAGAAGUCACACCAAAACAUACUCCACUCAACUCAUUCCUGAUAUCUGUGUGUGAUGGUAGAUAUGGCAAUUUAUUUUAAAUGCAUUCCUUACUGCUACAUGAACAAGAACUGCAACAUAAAGAAUACAACAUGUGCAACUGAACUGCUCAAACUAAUACUGUAGCUUUAUUGACAUGUUAUAAACUGCUGUUAAAACUGAUUGUAUAAAGUCCUGGUUCAUAGCAAGGCAGAGUGCAACAUGAAAAGUGCUGGUGGGAUAUUUUUUGGGAAAAAGCUGUCGGAUCAUAAAGUCACAGCACCACCAAGUGGAGAUCAUAAAUACGUUUUAUUAUUACAUUCCCUGGGUGUUACUUGACAACAGACUAAUAUUCAAGAAUACGCAAUCACCAGCUCACAUUUUCUUGUGUGCCUCUGUAUACCAAAUAUGUACUUUGUAUAAA